AUGAGAAUUAUUUUCAUUACCUGGCUUUUCUCAAUCACCAUACUUACUAUCCUCUGCAUUAAAACCAUUCCAGUCUAUAGCCUAUGUUUGGAGGAUCAAAAAUCUUUGUUGCUCCAAUUGAAGAAUAGCCUCAAAUUCAAUCCAGUUAUUUCUGUCAGGUUAGUGAAUUGGACUCCAAUCAAUGAUUGUCGUGGUUGGAAGGGUGUGACUUGUGAUCAAGCGGGUCAUGUUACAGGUCUGAACCUGAACAGUGAAUCAAUCUCCGGUGGAGUCAACCAGUCAAGCAGUCUUUUCAGACUCCAGUUUCUUGAGUGCCUGAAUUUGGCCAACAAUAGCUUCAUCUUCACGCAAAUUCCAUCCAGUUUCGGCUGCCUCACUAGCCUGAAAUAUCUGAAUUUGUCAAAUGCUGGUUUUUCUGGGCAGAUUCCAAUUGAAUUGUCGCUCAUGAUAAGGUUGGUUACUCUUGAUCUAUCUACUCUUUACUUCCCUGGAAUUCAGUCACUGCAACUUCAGAACCCAAAUUUAUCACAGCCAAGGGGACUUCAAUCUCUUUCUGAAAUCCAUCUGGGUUCGAACAAUUACUCUGCUCCAGUUCCGGAGUUCUUUGCCAAUUUCAGAAAUUUGACAGUCUUGAGUCUUAAUUCUUCUAACUUGAAAGGACAAUUUCCAGAAAAGAUUUUCCAGAUACCAACAUUGCAAACUCUGGACUUGACAAACAACGGAUUACUUGAUGGUUCUUUGCCAGAGGUUGGACAAAUUGGAUCCCUUCAGAGGCUUCUGCUUAGCAACACGAUUUUUUCAGGCAAAUUACCAAAUUCUAUUGGUAACCUCAGAAAUCUGUCCAGGGUAGAUCUUUCAUUCUGCGAUUUCAGCGGAACCAUUCCAAAUUCAAUCCUCAGUCAUCUUGUUUAUUUGGACUUGUCAUCUAACAACUUUAGUGGUCCAAUCCCAUCCUUUCAUAUGUCCAAGAAUCUCACCUAUAUAGACCUCUCUCAUAAUGCUCUAUCGGGUCCAGUUCCUUCUUGUUACUUUGAAGGCCUUUUAAAUCUUGUAUAUAUUGAUUUAGCUUAUAAUUCAUUCGAUGGACGUGUUCCCUCAUCUCUUUUUUUCCUUCCAUCCCUGCAGAAAUUUCUGCUUUCCAACAACCAAUUUGGUGGUCAAGUUGCCGUAUUUCCAAAUGGAUCCUUGUCUCCAUUGGAUACACUAGAUUUGAGUAGUAACAAACUGCAAGGGCCUAUUCGCACAUAUUUCUUUGAUUUUGGAAGUCUUGAUAUCCUCUCACUUUCUUUCAACAACUUCAGUGGCACCAUAAAGCUUGAAUGGUUUCAAAGGCUGCAAAAUCUUACGAGACUUGACCUUUCGUACAACAACCUGUCAAUCAGUACAAGUGAGAGUAAUUCUAGCUUGACUUCAUUUCCCCAGCUCAGCACAUUAAGAUUGGCUUCUUGCAAGCUGCAAGAAUUUCCUCCACUACUGAACUGGUCAAGAAUGGUCUAUUUAGACCUUUCAGACAACCAAAUUUCUGGGGAAAUACCUAAUUGGAUUUGGAAUGUUGGCAAUGGAACUCUAAUGUAUUUGAAUCUUUCUUAUAAUCUCCUAGUGGGUAUGCAGAGACCCUAUACUAUUAUUCCUAGUCUUUUUGUUCCUGAUCUCCAUUCCAAUCAACUCUAUGGUGAGAUCCCAAUACCACCAGAAUCAGCUGUCUAUGUGGACUACUCAAGCAACAAUUUCAAUUCUUCUAUCCCUCUAGAACUUGGCAACAACCUAACAUCUUCUGUUUUCUUUUCUCUUUCAAAUAAUAACCUCACUGGUGUCAUCCCUCAAUCAAUAUGUGACUCAAGCAACCUUCAACUUCUUGAUUUGUCCAAUAAUAGAUUCAGUGACACUAUACCACAAUGUUUGAUUGAAAAUUGUACUACAACUCUUGGGGUACUGAAAUUACGCAAUAACAGUCUUACUGGUAAUGUUUUGGGGACAUUCCCCAUAAGUUGCUCUUUAGUGACACUGGACUUUGAUGGGAAUCACUUGGAAGGACAUGUUCCAGAAUCUCUAGCCAAUUGUACAAAGUUGGAGGUUUUAAAUCUUGGUAACAACUACAUAAAUGAUAUCUUCCCUUGCUUCUUGAAGAGCUCAUCGCUUUUGCGUGUACUGGAUUUGCGAUCCAAUAGGUUCCAAGGAGGCAUUCAAUGUGGAGAGGACCAUAAUAAUAGCUGGCCUAAGCUUCAAAUUAUUGACCUAGCUUUGAACAACUUCAGUGGUCCUCUGCCAAAUAAAUGCUUCUUAUCUUGGAAGGCAAUGAUGGUUGAUGGGGGUAAUGCACAACCAAUUUACAAUCAGCAGCAUUAUGAGUUCCUGACGGUUAACCACUUCUUCUACAAGGGAGAGAUACCAGAUACAAUUGGGGAUUUGAAAUACCUCUAUGGUCUCAACCUAUCACACAAUUCCCUCACAGGUCAAAUUCCAUCAUCACUUGGAAACUUGACACAGCUAGAAUCAUUAGACCUCUCAUGGAACAAGCUAAGUGGAAGCAUUCCAGUGCAACUUGCAAGUCUUACAUUUCUUUCAUUCUUGAACCUGUCAUACAAUCAACUGGUUGGAAUGAUCCCAAGAGGCUCCCAAAUUCAAACAUUUCCAGAAUCUUCAUUUGAAGGAAACAAAGGAUUACGUUGGUUUCCUUUGAACCCUAGUCGCGGUGAAGCUGAAUCGAUAGGAUUGCCUACACCAACAAUUAAUGAUAGACAUUCAUACUCUUGUGAAUCUCACAUUAAUUGGGUGAACAUAAGCGCUACAUUAGGAUUUAGCGUGGGCUUUGGAGUUGUUAUUGGGCCACUUGUGUAUUGCGAAAGAUGGAGAAAAUGCUACUACAAGAAUGUUGAUAAAGGUAUUUUCAUGAUUCUAUGUCUGCAAGGCCUACGAGAAAAACCUGCACGAAUAGUUCAGUGGUAA